GCCUUUUCGGAAGCCUACAUGCAUAUUCAUGUCCUCUUCCCGAACAUGAGAAAUGAAGCUUGGUGUAAAAAUUCUAGAAGAAUGUUGGGUGCUGCUGCUCAAAAGACUUUCACCGACCGCCUCCUUAUUCCGGCCAUUCGACGUGUUCUGAUUUGUUCUCGUGCAAAUCGAUCUGGUGGAUCUUAUGGCGAAAGCCAUUGCUUAAGGCUCUUAGUCAAGUCUAUGCGUGAUAUUGCGAAGGAGAGCGCGGAUUUGGCCCGAAAUCGUCAUUUUGUUUUUGUGGUUUCUUCUUUCGGGUUUAAAAGCCCAAUUUAUGGUCCGGACUACACGUCCAUUCUUGAUACCAUGGUCGACUGGUCCCAACUUGACCCUCAAAGAUGCCUUAUCGACAUUGGCUUGAAUCUGUUUGCCCAAUCCGAGGAUGGCCGACCAUUGGUAUUGUAUGUAAAAGAGGAAAAAGUCGAAGCUAUGGGAAAAUUUUUUGGAGGUCCAUCCAUAAAGACCGAUUUUUACGGAAUGUCUUUGGGUUAUUUUGGUGGCUUUUCGGGGAAAGGUCGUUCCGGUAGUCUUUUUACGCCUUCGAAAGUAAUGGUAUAUAAUGAUAUCAAGUAUCCGUUCACGAUGUCCAAUCCUGGUGUAAACGGAAAGGUAUCCGGUCCAUGGAUACCCGAGGAAAUGAGAAAUACCUUUCGACAUCUUUUAAAGAAUAUGAGAUGGUAUAAUGCCCGUGUUUCCGAAUACCAAGGCCACCAGUUUACUACUCGUUUGGAGGUUCGUGUCCCGGCGAUCUCGGCUACUACGGCUUACGUCGACGUCUUGGUCGCAAAGUUGAAGUCUUCUUUUGCUGAUAAAGCCUUCAUCCAUAUAGAUUCGGGAAUUUACCUUCAGUACGUUGGUCUCAUGGCAAAUUUUCUAAGUGACUUGGCAGAAAAAUGUCUUGGUUCCGUUUUGUUGCAGUCGUUCUCCGGGUUGUAUCUCUCCGCGUACAUGCUAAAUAACUUGAUGCAUUCUGAUCAAUCUUUAACCGACUCUUCAAAUUUCGUAUCAUCAAGCAGAUGUGAUAAAAACAGGUUGUGUUUUUUGCCUGGUGCGUUUGCUGUCGAUGGCGACAGAGUCAUGUUUGGGCACACAUUCGAUUCUACUUGUAUUCAACAGGCAUUUUUCCGACUGCGCACACAAAAUUUAAACACCUUCUAG